UUCUCCCCGCCUCUCUGUAUCCCGGCGUGCACCGGACGUGACGUUUUCCCGCCCCGCUCUAUCCCGGCGUGCACUGGGGCUCUGCCGGAUGUGGAGGCCGCCUCAUGGCUCAGGGGAAGCAGAAGUUCCAGGCCCAGAAGCCGGGCGGGGGGAAGAAGGCGGCGGCCCCCCAGGGGGUCCGGGGACCCCGCAAGGGAGGUGAGCGGCCUGGGGGCGGGGCCCGGCCCAAAUUUGCCUCACGGCUUCUUCCUCUCCAGACCUUGGAAGUCGGCAUCCGGAAGAAGAUUGAACACGAGGUGAUGAUGAAAGCCAGCACUAGCAUGGCCAAGAAGCUGACUGUGCUCAAAGCACCAGAGAAGGGAGCCAAGAAGAAGGGCCAGUCCAGCAAGUCUCCCCUGUAACCUGCGCUGCUCAGCUUGGAGCCCUGUGUCGGAACGGAGGGACGGGGGCCGCUGUGUGUCCCUGAACACAAGCGCUUUUGUAGCUGCCUCCUUGGACUUGUUCUUCCUCCUCUGUCUCCCAUGGGUCAUAUUCCCCCAUGGCCUGUUCCAUGCCUUGUAGCUGGGGAUGGGGGGCGGCUUAAGCCUACGUGGUUAACCUGCCUCGUGCCAGAAAGGGCACAAGCGAAGCCCGUCUUGUCACCUGGGAGGAUGCUGAGGCUGACCGGGGCAGGGCAACUCGGUGGUUCCCCGCCAGGCCCCAUGCGAGGGAUUCUCUGUCCCUUCCCUGCGGCAGGAAAGUGACUGAGGCCUGUGCUCCCUCUGCUGGCAGCAGGUCUCCCACUGCAGAGUUGGGAAGGGUGUUUCCUCGGGCAGGAGCUGGUGCAGCCACGGAAGAGUUAGCGAGAACGGUCUCAAGGCUUUUGCUGGCUGUGGGCCCUCUCCUCCCAAGCCUGAGAGCCUCGGGGGCAUUUGUGGCAGCACCUAGGAAAACCUGCCUGUGUGAAUUACGCACCUGGGGCUAAACUCAUUUGCUGGGAGUGGAAGGGGAGCACCUUGGGCCUGUUGAGCUGAGAUGCUAAAUCUCGUGUUCUCUUACCAGCUCCCUUGACUGACUCCAGCCGCGCAGAUUGGUCUCUGUAAACACCUGGGGGAAGGGACGAGCUGCCGGGGUGUCUUCCUGCCCUGACCGUCCUCCGCUGCUUUAAUAAAAUGUACUGGGGGGAACAUCCUCUCCUGUAA